AGCAGCAGCGCCAUGCGGCUCGUUGCCAACUGAUUCUUGAUACUUAGCUUGGCCCAAGGCCAUAAGUCGCUGCAACGGGUGAGCCCAGGGUUAAGCCAACGGGUGAGCCUCAUGUGCGUUUAGCGACGAAAGAUGCAACGUAGCAGCCCCCGGAGAACGCCUCGGGAGAGGGCUGACUAUGUGGGAAGGACGGAUCGACGAGAAGAUCGGCGCGAUGAUAGAAGGGAUGACCGAUAUGACAGGCGUGACGAGAGAAAGGAUGACAGAUUCCAUGAUCGGCGCGAUCAUCGGCGAGAUGAGCGUCGAGAGGAUAGAAGAGACGAACGACGGGAUGAUAGAAGAGAAGAAAGAAGAGACGAAAGAAGAGAUGAGAGGCGAGAUGAAAGAAGAGAAGAGCAAAGAGAUGAAAGAAGAGAUGGUCAAAGAGAUAACCACAGCUACGAAAGAAGGGAUGAACAAAGGCCACAAGAUGGCUAUGGCUCUGAGAGGAGGCGUCGACGGAAUGAGCAGCCGCCGGCGCAGGAGCAGAUGCAGGAGGGCGGGAGGGAGCAGCAGUCUGAGGAGAGGAGGCCACGUAGGAGGAGAGGCUUCGAGGAUGUGCCCCCGGUCCUGCCCAACCUGGACCCGGUGCCGGGCGCCAAGUCUCAGCCGCCGCUUCCUCCAGGUGCUGCACCAGCUCCGCCAGAUGUGCCAGAAUGGCUCACUGACAUUUUCGGUGGCGCGGUGCCAUCCAACAUGGAUACUUUGUUGACAGAGAUCAGACCAAAAGGGCCCUUCCGAGAGGUCCAAGUGCCCCAGCGCCUGGUGGCACGACUGAUCGGCAAGGGUGGCGAGGUUAUCAUGGCCAUGUGCAACUCCACUGGCGCCGAUAUCAAGGUGCGCCAGGAGACGAAGCACAUGGGAUAUAGCUUGGCCAUCAUCACAGGUCCAGAGAAGGCCCAGAAGGUGGCAGAGGAGCUGGUGAAGCAGAGGCUUGGCAUUGCUGGCGAGAACGCGGGCACUCGCGAGAUCUCGCUGGCCUCGGAGCACGUGAGUGCGCUCAUCGGGCCCAAGGGCGCGACCAUCACUGAGAUGCGUCUGAAAUGCAACAAUCUCAACAUCGAGAUCCGGCCCUCGGAAACUCCCGACGUGACCAGCGCCUCGCACAAGGUGAUCAUGGGUCCUGGCGACGUUACACAGCUGGAAAUGGCAGAGGAGCUCAUCAGGGCGCGCAUUGCCAGGAACGAGGCGGAGUCUGGCAGAAAGCCACGGGCCUGGUCCGACUCGGCGCCCGGCGUCGCCUCCCCCACGCAACUCCCGCAGCCAGCGGCGUCGGUGUUCACCGAGCCGGCACAUGUGGCGCCGGUCCAGGCGUUCGAGGCGUUCCCGGAGGCGGCCAUGCCGUCGGAGGAGCCAAUGUGGCCUGACCAGCAGUGGCAGGCCCUAUUGCCUCGACCGACAGAUGGAACGUCGAGGGGCCGUUUGGACCGCCAGGCGCAGGAGGCCUGGGAUCCCGCCUGGGCUCCGCCGGAUUGGGACGCCACCUGGGACGCUGCCUGGAACUUCUGGGAGCAGUGGGACUCUGGCUGGGACAACGGCAUGCAGGGUGGCUUUGGAUCGUUCCCGUCCUUUCCGACGGUGACUUCAGCGCCAAGUGGACCUAGCACCACUAUGUGUAAGUUCUUCGCGCAGAACCGUUGCCUGAAGGGGGACCUGUGCCCCUUUCAGCACGGGCCUCCCAUUGAGCUCCCCAGCUCCACGGGCACUCAGCUCCCCGCCGCCUUUGCAGCGAUUCGUGCCCAAGCGCCGUGGCAGCCCGGCGGCCCGGCGCCGGUGGCCUUCCUGCCCGCGCUGCCGAAGCCAGGCCAAGCGGCAGCGGCAAUGCAAAUGCAGGCCGCAGCAAUGCAAAUGCCUGGAGCUGCGAUGCAAGCACCUGGAGCAACAAUGCAAUUGCCUGGGGUCUUGCCAGCGCAAGUUCCAGUGCAAGCAGAGCAAAUGCCAGCGCAAGCGCCGGCACACGUGGCACAAGUGCCAACCAUGGCACAAGUGCCAACCAUGGCACAAGUGCCAACCAUGGCCCAAGUGCCGGCGCAAGCGAUGGCACAAGUGCCAGCACAAGUGCCGGCAUCGUUGGACGCAACCUUGUCGCACAAGACAGCCAAGCUUUGCAAGCUGUACGAUAUGGGCGGCUGCACAAAGGGUGCAGCCUGCGGCUUUUGUCAUGGCCAAGAGGAGCUGGAGGCCGUGAAGGCACUCGCGCCUCCGGCAUGAGCGGAAGGGUCCCAAACGUAGCGGCCAAUGUGUGCCGGGUAGAUGCGGUAAGAUUCUGCGAAGCGCAGGGUCGUCCUGGGCAAAGGCACUUUACGGGCAAAUCCUGGCCGUCACGUUG